AUGAAGGAUUUUAAUGAGUUUAUUAACAAAUUGGAACUAUCAGAUUUACCUAUGUUAGGUAGGCAGUUCACAUGGUGCAAUGCAGUGGAAGGGGAGAGAUGGAGUAGGAUUGAUAGAUUUCUACUGGAUUCUAGGUGGUUAGAAAUAUUCUCCUUUAAGCAAUGGGGUUUACCUAGAACAGUAUCAGAUCAUUGCCCUAUUCUAUUGAAGGAAGAUGAAAGGGAUUGGGGACCCAAACCAUUCAAGCUCUUAAAUCCAUGGUUAGCUCACCCUUCAUUUAUGCCUGCUGUCAAACAGAUUUGGGAAAAUAAUCAGGUGUCAGGUUGGGCUGGGUUUAGACUCAUGAGGAAACUAAGGGAUUUAAGAUCCCAUCUAAGGAUAUGGAAUAAGGAGGUGUUUGGAAAUAUUGACGAUCUAUUAAAGUCUGCUGAGGAGGAGUUACAUGAGUGGGAUUUGCAGGCAGAGUCUGGGUCUCUGGAUGAUGCAGGUAUUAGUAGUAGAAGAGAAGUUAGAAGUCUGGUGUGGAAAUUAUGCAGAGAUAAGGCAAGGUUGUGGCAUCAAAAGUCCAGGGUGCUCUGGGCCCAAAAUGGAGAUAAGAACACUAGGUUUUUCCACAUAAUGGCUUGCAGUAGACAAAGAAAGAACUUGUUGGACUCAGUGUGCGUGGAAGGGGAGUGCUUGGAGGAACCUGCUCAGAUUAAACAGGCUGUGGUGAGGCACUUUAGCAAGCAGUUUAAGGAGUGUUGGUCUGGGAGGCCAAAGCUUUCGGGCCCUUUUAAUGUUAUUAACUCAGAGGCAGCAGUUAAAUUGGAGGCAGAAUUCACGGAAGCUGAGAUUUGGGUAGCUAUUCAAGAUUGUGAUGGGAACAAGGCCCCCGGUCCUGAUGGUUUUAAUUUGGCUUGCAUUAAAAAAUGUUGGUCCAUUAUGAAAAGUGAGAUUGUUCAACUGUUUCAUGAAUUUCACACUAAUGCCAAGCUAUCAUAUGGGAUUAUUGCAUGUGUUUGA